AUGUCUAGCAGCUCGGCCUCGUCGGCUAAUCACGACGACGACGAGCACCCGUCGGAGACGACGUCGUCGAGAUCGCUGGCGGACACCGUCACCGUGGCACACAACUUCGAGAUCACCAGUUACUCGCUGCUCGACGGCUUUCGUCCCGGCGAGUACAUUUGCUCGAGAAGGUUCAACGCCGGCGGUUACGAAUGGUGUAUCAGGUUCUUCUCCAAGAAGCAUACCAACGAUGACCGCUUCACGAUCAGGUGCGUCUUGACCGUCAUCACGCCCCGCACGGAGGAACGAAGCGCCGUCGUGGUGCCCCGGUCGAACCUGCACGGCCACUUGAUCGAAAUGCUGGAGGACGGGGAAGGCAAGGACGUGACGUUCAGCGUGGGCGGCCAGUUGUUCCACGCCCACAGAUGCAUGCUCGCGGCACGAUCGCCGGUGUUCAAGGUGGAGCUCUUCAAUGGAAUGGAGGAGAAGGAUGAUACUCGGCACAUCAAGGUCGACGACGACAUGGAGCCCGCCAUCUUCCAGGCGCUUCUUCACUUCAUCUACACGGAUGCCUUCCCAUAUCAGUACUGUGGCGUGGACAAGAAUGUGCCGUUGCAACACUUGUUCGUUGCCGCCGAUCGGUAUCGGCUGGAUAGGCUCAAGGCGAUGUGUGAGCAGAAGCUAUGCCAGAGCAUCGACGUGCACACAGUUGCCACCACGCUUGCCCUAGCGGAGCAGCACCAGUGCGUGCAGCUCAAGAAAGCAUGCCUUGGGUUCCUGUCCUCUCAUGGUGUGCUCGGUGACAUCCAGGAGACCGAUGGAUUCAAGCAACUCGUAUCCAGCUGCCCUUCGGUUGUAGCGGACAUCGUAAACCACGUUGCCAUCGCUAGUGGUAGUGGUAGGGCUGCCAAAAGAGCUCGAGUCGAAGCCACUCACAGCGACUCGUCUUCUAGCUAG